AUGGCUUUGGAGAUAGAUAUGAUUCAUUUCUCUAUUCAAUUAUUAAUAUAGAUUAUAUUUAGAUUUGGACAAUAAGUAUGUUAUUAAAAAAUGCAAUAUCACCCUUGCACCUUACCUUAAUAUAGGAACUUGGAUUUAAGGUAAUAUUUCCUAUAAACAUUAGAGAUAGUGAGUUUAAGGGUAUUUAACCAACAAAGAAUGUUCAUGCACCUGAUAUCUAUUUACUUUUGAUGAGUCUGGUUAUAUUUGUGCUUAAAUCUUGGUAAUAAUAACAAGGAUUAAUUUAGUCCAUGUUCGUAAUUAAUUCUUUCUGGAAAUGCUAAGCCAUAUCCCUCUUAGAGUUAUAAUCAUCAAAAUAAUAUUUUGUAUUCUUUUUGGAAUUAGAGUAAAUGCUAACCUAAAUUAUAGGUUUUGCAGGUAUUCCCAAUUAAAAUUAAUAGUCUACGUGCUCUCAUAAUUUUCAAUUAUUUGAUAAAUAAUCUGUUUUUAUUAAUUGGCACAAUAUAUGUACUUAUUUUUUAAGUAAUGUUUGUUUAAUAACCUUAAAAAUAUAUAACCCUUAACAUAAUUAGAACUGCUCUUGAAAUUAAUUUAAAUCAUCUUUCAGAACUGAGUAGUUUUGUUUAAAAUAUAAUAAUAUUUUUAUCAAUGCUACAAUCAUGUUGUGCUUGGAUUCUAUUGUUCUUUGGUUAAUCAAAUAUAUUAUUUUAAAUGUCAUAAAAAUUCGGUCCUCUUUAAUUAAAAAAAAAAAUUCAAAAAACUAAUCCAACCGAAAAAAAACCAUACAUUCAAUAAGAAACAGUUGAAAGUAAUUGAUUAUCAUAUAUACAAAAGAGUAAGAAUAAGAAAAUGAAAAAGUUAAAAAGUAAUAAUUCAAUCCAGUUGAAAUGGCUCAGUAAGGAGGAACAGGAAAGACAUAAGCAGAAAUCCAGUAUGAUUUAGUUAGGCUAAAGAGAUUAGGUGAAAAAAUAGAGAAGGUAUAUAUACUUUUUUAAACCCUUUAGAAAAUGGAUUUAACAUACAGAUAAAAAAUAGAAACAUUUAAUAAGAAAAUAUAAAAAAUGCCAGAACAUUAUGAUAUACCAAAAGUUGGUCCAGGUUGAG